CAAUUCCCAUCAUGUCCGUGUGUACAGCGCAUGUGCGGAUCCAUUUCCUGGUCCGACCUUCUCAUAUAAAAACCAUCCGCAGGGUUAUGAGUCAGAGUUCGUAGUCUGAGAAACACGAACCAAUGAUUCCCAUAUGUCCAGUGGUCUCCUUCACCUAUGUGCCCAGCCGGCUAGGUGAAGAUGCUAAAAUGGCUACCGGCAACUACUUUGGAUUUACCCACGGUGCUGCCGCGCAGUACAGUCAGCAGCCGGGCGCGGUGGCCUACACCCACCCUACCACCGUGGCCAGCUACACAGUACACCAGGCACCGGUGGCGGCCCACACCGUGGCAGCAGCCUACGCUCCCACCGCUGCCUCGGUUGCUGUAGCCAGGCCCGCCCCAGUUGCCGUGGCAGCCGCAGCCACCGCCGCAGCCUACGGCGGGUACCAGCCGGCGCACGCCACCGCAGACUACGGCUACGCACAACGCCAGCCGGACGUCCCACCCCCGCCUCCCCCGGUCACCUCCCAGAACUACCAGGUGGGUUACCAGGACUCCUACUCCUAUGUACGGUCUACGGCCCCGGCGGUAACCUACGACCCUAAGCAGUACUACCAGCAGCCCGUAGCUAGCGCUGCGGUAGCCGUACAGCCCCAACCCACGGCCGAGUCCUACUACCAGACCGCCUCCCUUAACACCUCCUGGGACACCCCGUGGAAGAAAUCCCUACCAGCUUCUAAAACAGGCUACACCCAGACAAGUCUGGCCCCCUACACCCAGACCCAGCAGACCAGGCAGGUGACAGCCAUCAAGCCUGCUGUGCCCUCCACCUUCUCCAUCUACCCGGUCUCCUCCACCGUUCAGCCCGUAGCCGCCGCCUCUGUGGUCCCCUCCUACUCCCAGAGCCCUACCUACUCCACCAACGCGGUCACGUACUCUGGCACCUCGUAUUCUGGCUACGAAGCAGCGGUGUACUCUGCUGCCUCAACCUACUACCAGCAACAGCAGCAGCAGCAGAAACAGGCGGUGGCGGCUGUAGCAGCUUCAGCAGCCUGGACAGGCAGUUCCUUCACCAAGAAACCUCCCUUCCAGAGCAAGCAGCUGAAACCCAAGCAGCCCCCCAAACCACCACAGAUCCACUACUGUGAUGUCUGCAAGAUCAGCUGUGCAGGACCCCAGACCUACAAGGAGCACCUGGAGGGCCAGAAGCACAAGAAGAAGGAGGUGGCCCUGAAAGUCUCCCAGAGCAGCAGCAGCAGUAGUGGAGGUGGAGGAGGCUCAGCCCGGGGGACUCAGAACCAGCUCCGCUGUGAGCUCUGUGACAUCUCCUGCACCGGGGCAGAUGCAUACGCUGCACACAUCCGAGGAGCCAAGCACCAGAAGGUGGUGAAACUCCACACCAAGCUGGGGAAGCCCAUCCCCUCUACAGAACCCAAUGUCGUGACCCAGACCCCUACGUCAACCACGGCCUCCUCCAAGACCCCUGCUUCCUCUUCUUCCACCCUCACAGGCUCCACGUCCAACUCUUCCUACCUGAAACCGGUCAACAUCGUCAGCCAGGGUGGUGUUGGGAUUGGCUCAGGUCCAGUUGUCAACAACCUAUCAGCAGCCAAUGCCACCACAGCCGUCAAGAAGGUCAACACCCCCAAGAUCAACUUUGUUGGAGGAAACAAGCUUCAGACUACCGGGAAAGUGACAGAGGAGGCCAAACCUCCUCUGCCCUCAUUGGUCCCCCAGGUUCAGGAGUCCAAGAACGAGUCCUCUGAUUCCCUGUCUGCGUCCACCCUGGCUGCCCUGCAGAGUGAUGUGCAGCCUGUUGGACAUGACUAUGUGGAAGAGGUGCGUAACGAUGAAGGCAAGGUGAUCCGUUUCCACUGUAAGCUGUGUGAAUGCAGCUUCAACGAUCCCAACGCCAAAGAGAUGCAUCUGAAGGGCAGGAGACACCGCCUGCAGUACAAGAAAAAGGUGAACCCGGAGCUUCAGGUGGAGGUGAAGCCCUCUAUCAGAGCCAGGAAGAUCCAGGAAGAGAAGAUGAGGAAACAGAUGCAGAAGGAGGAGUACUGGAGGAGGAGAGAGGAAGAGGAGAGAUGGAGGAUGGAGAUGAGACGUUAUGAGGAGGACAUGUACUGGCGUUGUAUGGAGGAGCAGCACCACUGGGACGAGAGACGUGGGGGGCCCAGGAUGCCAGGGGACGGACCAUACCUCCAGGGGCCUCCUGGCCCACCUGGACUACUGGGGGUUCGGCCUGGCAUGCCCAUCUCUCAGCCACAAGGACCUGUGCCUCCCCGUCGCCCGGACUCGUCAGACGAUCGCUACGUGAUGACGAAGCACACGGCCAUCUACCCUUCCGAGGAGGAGCUGCAGGCCGUCCAGAAGAUCGUCUCCAUCACGGAGAGAGCCCUCAAACUGGUCUCGGACAUCACAGAUCAGGAGAAGACUAAGGAGACGACUGGGGAGGAGAAAGAGAAGGAGGUCCCAAAGACUGCCCAAGACAGAGCUCUGAAGGGGGUGAUGCGGGUGGGGGUGCUGGCUAAAGGCCUGCUGCUCCGCGGAGACAAGAAUGUCAACCUGGUCCUGCUCUGUUCAGAGAAGCCCACCAAGACCCUGCUGAGCUGCAUAGUGGAACACCUGCCCAAACAGCUGGUGCUGGUGACCCCAGAGAAGUACGAGGUGAAGGGUUCCAUGGAGGACUGUUCCAUUAUCCUGACGUCAGAGGCCGACCCCAAAAUGACAGUCACCGUCACCCUGACCUCCCCCAGCAUCCGAGAGGAGGAGACCCCUGCCACACCCCCGCCACGGGACGGAGAUGUAACCUUGGUGAAAGACCCAGAGGACGUCUUGGACAGGCUAAAAUGCCUUGCCGCUCUGGCGGCUCUGCGGCACGCUAAGUGGUUCCAGGCUAGGGCCAACGGACUCCAGUCCUGCGUGAUUGUUAUUCGAAUCCUGCGUGACCUCUGUCAGAGGGUCCCCACGUGGUCCUCCUUCCCCAGCUGGGCCAUGGAGCUGCUGGUAGAGAAGACCAUUAGCAGUGCCUCUGGCCCCUUGAGCCCAGGCGACGCACUCAGACGAGUCUUCGAAUGUAUUUCGUCUGGGAUUCUGCUCCCCGGUGGUCCGGGAUUGGUCGACCCGUGUGAGAAGAACCCCACUGACACCCUGACAACCAUGGAGGAACAGCACAGAGAGGACAUCACCUCAAGUGCCCAGUUUGCUCUGCGGCUGCUAGCCUUCCGUCAGAUCCACAAGGUGCUGGGCAUGGACCCACUGCCCCAGAUGAACCCUCGCUUCAACGUCCACAACAACAACAACAACCGCAAGCGUCGCCGCGACAUCGACGGAGCGGACGGCUUCGAGGGCGAAGGGAAGAAGGACAAGAAGGAUUUCGACAGUAGUUACUAGGACCUGUCCCUCCCAGUCACCCCUUGUUCAUUUAACGUAGUCUGUGGCCACGUUCCAGACAGACUACAUUGCAGUCACCUGCCAGAUCUCACAACACCUGGAUAGGUGUUUUAAAAAUUUGAGUUAACCGCAUCGUAUGAUAUGAUAUGCAAUGUUCUGAUGCCAGUUUGCGCAGUCACACACCGUCAUUGGUUGAUUCCCGUAGAAAGACUGCCAUGUAGUCAGCCUGAAACGCUUGCCUAUAUGUACCUUUUUUAUUCUGUUGUCUCUGAUAUUAACAAAGGGGUUUGUUUAGAAUUUAAAGACCACAUCGGAUAGGGCCUGGUCCUGUCAGCCAUAUAGACUAGCUACGCGUUCAUUAGGGCACACGUUUUUAAAUGUUUUGCAACGGAAAAAACGGACAAUUUUCUUUUUUUUAAUUCGGACAAUUUUCAAACAAAUGUGAGUCUGUUUUCUUCCGUUUGUUGCCUAAUAAAUAAGACCCUAUUUUGUUCUGCAGCUCACUGUAUAGGCUUACUGCAGCACCCAGUUUGUCCACGAUGUUUCUGUUUUGGCUAGCGAUUGAUACGACCUGUGGUUGGGACCUAAAACUUCUUCUUCCAAGCUGAUACUACUUGUACCCUCUCUGCUUCUCCAUGACAACGGGGCCUCCUCAGCAUCUACUCCCUUUUUUGACCCCCCCCCUCUCUUAUUUUCGUGACCGACUUCCCAGGUUGAAGUUAUGAAAAAGACUCAUCUAUUUGUUAAUAAAUCCGGAGGAUCAUGAUACAUGUUACUACCUAACAUGUAUGUUAUUUCUAGUUGCAUACAGUCAGUGUUGGUUGUUAGUGAGAGUUUAAUACCUCGUUGUGAAGCCCAUAAUUCGCCAGUAACGUUUUAUUUUCCUAAUAAGCUGUCAUUUUGAAUAUGGUUUCUUUUUUUUUAAGUGGCAUAAAGUGGUGUAAAAUCUAUCGUCUUGUCCUCAAUAAGGCCAGACUGCAAUGUGUUCUAAUGUUUAACACAGGCCCCCGUUAUACUACAUUAUCUGAAGAAAAGACUGAUUUCUUAUUCGUUGUUUAGUAAUGCAGUUAUUCUCUAAACAUAUGCCUUUAAUAAUCAAUGUUUGGUUUGUUGAAGAGCGCGCAUGGCUGUGUUUUCAGACUUUUGUUUUAUGGCUUUUAACAAGUUUUGGUUUUUACAGAUUAAUUACAAUGGGAUAUGUAAUGGCUUGCCCCUAAUCUUGGUUUAAUGUUGUAUACAUAUAGUUUAAUUUGAAUAAUCUAUAGAAAAUGAAAAAAAACAGUUGAGUAAAAAUAAAGUGUAACGUUGAUGCUGUAAUUGAGGUUUAAAUGUAGAGCCACUCUUUGAUGCCUGACUGUCAGCCUCUCUGUCUCAGUACCUGCUUUACCAUGGGCAGAAUAAAGACAUUUCCUCAA